AUGGCGCCUUCCGUUGAAUCAGAUCAUGCGACUUCUGUAUCAGAUGAAGAAAUUCUAUCUGGUGCCGCCUUAUCUUCCGACGAGUCCGAUUACCUCGACAGUGGCGCAUCUCGAAAGCGUCGCAGGACUGCAGAAAUAUCGCAGGAUGAGAAUGAAAACGUUGAGCCGGAGGAUGACGAUGAUGAAGAGUUGAAUAGAGUGCUGUCUACUAUCGCGGCGCCUUCUCGAAUUAAGCGAAAUGUUCAAGCAGACAAAAAGGAAAUUCAAGCAAAGCCUGUAAUCGCACCCAAAAACUCAAUUCAAGCUCCUACCGACCCAAACACCACUUUCUCCGCACUCAAUGUACGACCAUGGCUAGUUCAAUCGCUAGGAAAUAUGGCUAUCAAGCGACCCACGGGUAUUCAGAAGGGCUGUAUUCCUGAGAUCUUGAAUGGAAGGGAUUGCAUUGGUGGCAGUAGAACAGGUUCAGGUAAAACAGUUGCUUUCGCGGUGCCUAUUCUGCAGAAGUGGUCUGAAGAUCCUACUGCCAUAUUUGCUGUUGUCUUGACGCCAACCCGAGAACUGGCACUUCAGAUCUUCGAGCAGUUCAAGGCUAUCUCUUCUCCUCAAAGUCUCAAGGCUAUCUUGGUGACCGGCGGCUCAGACAUGCGAACACAGGCAAUUGAGAUUGGAAAGCGACCACACGUUAUAAUCGCAACUCCAGGACGUUUGGCAGAUCAUAUUCGUACUUCCGGGGAAGACACAAUCUGUGGAUUAAGGAGAGUUCGAUAUGUGGUUCUUGACGAGGCCGAUCGACUUUUGAACGCCACCGGACCUGGCAGUAUGCUUCCUGAUGUGGAGGAAUGUCUAUCAGUCCUGCCACCAGCCACCGAAAGACAGACUCUUCUCUUCACUGCUACUAUUACCCCAGAGGUCCGCGCCUUGAAGGACAUGCCUAUCAAGCCGGGCAAGCAGCCAGUAUUUGUUUGCGAGGUUGACACACAGACACUGGCUAUUCCUGCAACACUGAAGCAGAUGUAUAUCAAGGUUCCUGUAACGCAUAAAGAACACUACCUCCACACCUUCCUACUCACCGAGGUUAAUGUCGACAAGACUGUUAUCCUAUUCUGCAACCGAACUUCGACUGCCGAUUACCUUCACCAUCUACUUCGCAUGCUGGAACAUCGAGUCACGUCUUUACACUCCAAGCUGCCCCAGAGGCAACGAAUCGACAACCUGGCCCGCUUCCGUGCUUCAGCAGCUCGUAUUCUCGUGGCGACCGACGUUGCUGCCAGAGGUCUGGAUAUCCCUGAAGUCAGCCUCGUUAUCAACUACGAUCUGCCUCGCGACCCCGACGACUACAUUCACCGUGUAGGUCGUACAGCCCGUGCGGGUCGUAAGGGUGAGGCUGUCAGCUUUGUGGGACAACGUGAUGUGGAGUUGGCCCUGACCAUCGAGAAGCGAGUGGGCCGCGAUAUGGAGGCCUGGGAAGAAGAGGGAGUCAACCUGGAAACACGUGUUGUUCGGGAUGCGCUCAAGCUCGUGUCGGAGAAGAAGCGCGAGGCUUUACUGGAGGUGGAGGAAGGAAGGGAAGUCGGAGGCAAGCGGAAGCGAACCAAGCAAAAGUUGCGAGUGGAGUAG